AAAUGAAUUAGAAGUAACAAUAAGAGUAUUGAUAGGGAGAACGGUGAGUCUAGUGUCGCGGAAAUUUGAAAUUUUGAAUUGAAUUGAAUAUAUCAUUGAAUCUAAACAGAAAUAUACAUAACUUGGCUUGCCUCCGUCUUGAUUCAAAAUAAAAUAAAAUAAUUUGAAAGGUCUGUUUAGAAACCCUAGCUGCUAAGCAUGGCUGCAACAACCGUGGUUGCCGGACGAGAGUUGUCGAACCCUCCUUCUGACGGAAUCUCCAACAUUCGUUUCUCUAAUCAUAGUGAUCAUCUUCUCGUUUCCUCUUGGGACAAGAGCGUGCGUCUCUACGAUGCAAGCGCAAAUGUGCUCAGAGGAGAAUUCAUGCACGGCGGACCCGUACUUGAUUGUUGCUUCCACGAUGACUCUUCCGGCUUCAGUGCCGGCGCUGAUAAUACUGUCAGACGCCUCCUUUUCAGCACCAACAAGGAGGAUAUUUUGGGAAAGCAUGAUGCACCUGUUCGUUGUAUAGAGUACUCUUAUGCAGCAGGGCAAUUGAUCACUGGUAGUUGGGACAAAACCCUAAAAUGUUGGGAUCCUAGAGGUGCAAGCGGACAAGAGCGCACUCUUGUUGGGACAUAUCAACAACCUGAGCGAGUUUACUCUCUAUCACUUGUUGGACAUCGGCUUGUUGUAGCAACGGCUGGAAGACAUGUUAAUGUUUAUGACUUGAGGAACAUGUCUAUUCCUGAACAAAGAAGGGAAUCUUCAUUGAAAUAUCAAACCAGAUGUGUGCGCUGCUACCCAAAUGGAACAGGAUAUGCACUUAGUUCUGUUGAAGGGCGGGUUGCGAUGGAAUUCUUUGACCUCUCUGAGGCUAGCCAGGCAAAGAAAUAUGCAUUCAAGUGUCACAGAAAAUCUGAAGCUGGAAGGGAUAUUGUUUAUCCUGUAAAUGCCAUGGCAUUCCACCCCAUAUAUGGUACAUUUGCCACAGGAGGUUGUGACGGUUUUGUUAAUGUAUGGGACGGAAACAACAAAAAGAGGCUAUACCAGUAUUCAAAAUAUCCAACUAGCAUUGCUGCACUAUCAUUUAGCAGAGAUGGACGCCUCCUGGCUGUUGCAUCAAGUUACACAUUUGAAGAGGGACCUAAAACCAAUGAACAAGAUGCUAUCUACGUUCGCAGCGUGAAUGAGAUUGAGGUCAAGCCAAAACCCAAAGCCUAUCCCAAUCCUACAGCUUGAUUCAAUGGUUCCUAAUAUUAAGUUUGAAAAUUAGAAAUUUCUUGUCGUAUUUUAACUGUGUACUCUGUUCACAUCUUUCGUGUGAACAUCCUUGUGAAGCUCUAGCAACUUUCUAGAUACGUGCUGGUUAACAUUUUGACAUUUAUAUUUUAUGCGUCCAAAUUUCCCUUCAAUGUAAAUAAUUGUUAGGUUAUUAUUAUUAUUAUAAGGACCGGGUGACUACUAUUGUUAUGCUUCUA